AUGCGCAUGCUCGGAAACUCCACCAGAGGACUUUCGCCUAAGCAGCAACACCUCCUUUAUAGAUCGUGCGUGGUUCCCAUUGCCACGUACCAUUAUCAUCUCUGGUACUUUGAUGGUGCCUGUAACAAGGGUGCCAUGAACCAGCUCAAAUGGAUGCAGUGGAAAGCUGCUCUUUGGAUUAUGGGUGCAUUCCGCACCUCACCCACAGGCAGCCUUGAGGCCUUGGCAGGUCUCAUCCCCGUUCAUCUCAUGCUGAAGAAGCUUGUGAUGCAUGCAGUGUAUCGUGUCGCUACCCUUUCAGACACUCACCCCCUUCACUCCAUGAUGGGCAAGAGACUUCUCUGA